AUGGGGGCGCAACCAUCCGAUCAAGGUCAAGUACCCCUAUUAGAGGCACCCCUUACCGUCAUAGACUGGGGUCGAUUGAGGUCCAAUGAAACACAGGAGGGGAAGAAGCUUCUCGAGGCAUGCGAAGGUCAAGGCUUCUUUUACCUAGACCUGAGCUGUGACGAGUCCUUCUUGCAAGACUGGAAAGCAGUUCUGGCUUUUAUGAACCGAUAUUUCCAUCUUGAACUGAGCGCAAAGAUGAAAGAUGAUCGGAAGAGCGACACUCACGGAUAUGAACCUGUCGCAACGUCAACCGGAGCUGUCAAUUCACUGCCAGACUACUACGAGUCGCUCAAGGAGGCUUCCAGAGAUGAACUGCUCGGGAAUACGAGCGCCCUUGCUCCAGAUGUUAGGGACAACCACGCCCUGUUUCUCCGAUUUUGCAGCACUGCACACAAGGUCUUUAUGACCAUUUUGCGCCAGCUUGAUGAUUACCUCGGCCUAGAUGAUCAAUCAAAGCUCGUGAGAUUCCAUCGGGAAGAUCGGGAAUCGCUUACUACCCUCUCUAUGUUCCGCUAUCCAAAGCAAGAGUCCCUCGACAUGGGUGUCGGGCACAACAAGCACACAGAUAUCGGUACCUUGACUUUUCUCCUCUGCGAACAAUGGGGUCUACAGGUUCUCUCGAAAGAUCCAGUUGGCUGGAGAUACGUGGCCCCGAAAAGCAACCACGCAGUCAUCAACGUAGGAGAUACCCUACGCUUCCUUUCAGGAAACCGCUUUCGCUCCGCAGUUCACAGAGUUAUACCUACGCGUGGUCUUCAGCACGAAGAUCGCUAUAGCAUUGCUUACUUCUUGAGGGCUGAAAAUGACAUACAGUUCACAGACAGUACCGGACGCCAGGUCUCUGCUAAAACGUGGCAUGACGAGAAGUUCAAUGUGUUUAGAGAAACGCAUGAGGAGCAAGAAAAGCUGCCAAUUUUGACUGGCGGUAUGGAGCGUAUGGAAAGUCUAGUUGUCUGA